UUGUCAGUGUUAAGAAGUCUGUAGCUUAGUUCUACUCUUGUCCUCAAGCGCCGCUCUACAAUAAUUUAUUUUCUACAGACUAUUUUACGCAUAAGUCGUCUACUGUUUUUAGCCAACCUUUUGUGAAUAACCAACUGAACAAAAAACGUUUUUGUAUGAAACGUCUUUCCGUUCAAACGACUUUGUUAUCCGUGAAACGUCCAGCUAAACCCCGACAUUCAUACGUGGAUUUCGAAAGAUUUGUAAGAGGAGUGCGAGAGAUAAGCAGACUGUCAUUUGAAAACGCGCAGUCUAUGGAUGGAGGCGUCCCCGCGAAAGGCAUCAGUGAGGUAGAUGAGCGCGAUGCGCGCGCUAACAGGUGGAUGGCCAGCUGGUGUGUUGCGGUGGCUGGACAGCGCUGGCCUCUGUCCUCUGCCAUGUGCCUGCUCAUUACCCUUCUGCUCCUCGUGUCCCCUCUAACAGUUACUGCAACAACAACUAAAGCAGCUACAACCACCAACCGUUCUACAGCAACAACAACCACAACUACAACCAGCAAUGCCAAUCAGAGCACACCUGCUACAAACCUUUCUACAACAAUAUCAACAACAUCAAACGUGACAACGGGCCAUGAUAUCACAACGUUGCUCCCAGGCACCACAUCAAAUACAACACCACCCAGCAAUGCAACAGAUUUUUACUACUGGAUGGUGCUUCAUGUUGAAGUCAUUGGCUCCGAACGGAAUGAAUCUAACGUCACAGAAUGGCUGGAGGACGCGUUUCGCUCUCACCUCGAUGCGUGUGAAACACCUGAUGUGGGUCCAGGCCCCAGCACAGCCCCACCCCUCGCCACCACCCCCAACCACAGCACCAACAUGACCUCCAGCCCUGCCCUCCACAACACCAGCCGGUCCACUGCUGCCUCCACUGUCACCACAGCCUCCAGCAGCACGGGGACAAACGGGACGUCCGUGACAAGCACAUCAGAUGACGUUACUGGGCCAAGGCUCAGAAGCAACAGUCUAACUUCACCCUUGAACACCACUUCUUCUCCUUUGUACACAAGCACAGGCAUCAGUGGACACAGCACUGCAGUGGACAACACGACAGACAACAGGACAGACAGCGUCUUUCAGGAAAUGGAAGUCUGCUGCAAACAAAAGCAGUGGAUUAACCGGACGGUGUGUUCUGUUGUGGUGAAGCUCUCAGCUCCCAGAAGCCCUUGCUGUUUUCGUCAUGCCCUGUGGAACGCGAGCCGUACCAAGGAAGACGAAGGAAAAAUAUUUGCCAGCAUCCAAAACAACACGGUCAAAUCAAUUGCUGCUGCACUUCAUUCAGAGCGGCCCAACGCCACGUCCAACUCCACAUACAACUGCACCAGUGUCGGUGGUCAGCAGACAGACCAGAGUGCAAAUAACUGCUCUGCAGAAUUUGAAGACCUUGAGGAAACUUGCAAUUGUUCUCGGAACUGUGAUAAGACCGAUGUGUACUACUACGCAAUGUCCCUCAGAAUCACCAAUUCCUCCAUAAACAUCACGUCCAUGCUCAGCAUUUUCAAAGACCCCCCAAGCUGCAACAAUUCAGUACCUGACUGUAAGGACGUCCAGAAUGUGGCAGAAGUUUAUAAAGAUGGCUAUGGCAUAUGUUCCAACAACAGCUUUGGGGAAUGUGUAGUAAUUGUGGAGCUAGAGGAAAAGAGAUGUGGACGUUUGUGGAAAGCCCUCGAGUCUGUGUUCAAAUCGGUCGAUCCAGACAUUAAAAUCGGUCGCAAGUCACGUGUCGCCUUAUGUGGAGUCUCCCCUGAACAUGCCAAGACGUUUCUGUGGGAAGAAGUGCUUAUAAAAGGAGUCAAUGUGACCACCUCAGAGUUUUGUGAUCUGGGUCCUGCUGUUUUUAACAGUUUGUACACCUGCCAACCUGGAAGCAUCCUGUUGGUGAGGCUGAAGCAGCCAUGUGGUGGUGGUGGCGGUGGUGGUGAAAGUGGUGGAGGAGGUGGAUCUGGAUCAUCCACAUCCAAGCCUCCCACCCCCCCACGGACCACCCUCAGCACAACCACCUCCAAUACCACCACCACCCGACCGGCCACUGCCAACAGCACCACCACCACACCCUCAGGGGGACUCGGAACCGACACCACACGGACCUCAACCACUCCCACCACCAAGACGACCACACAAACAUCACUCCAGACCACGGUCAGCGCUACCACUGGUAAGACUGAAGCUCCUGUGUCCACCACCACCCUGAGCGGUGAUGAGCAGGCCGCCAACGCGCUGCUGGACCUGACGAAGAACGUGUCGUCGCUGACCUCCGCCGAUGUGGAGAGGCUAGUGGGGCAGCUGGAGACCCUGCUGCAGGGCCCAACGGUGAGCGAGACCCUGGGACGCACCUCCGUCAACAUCGUCAGCAACCUGCUGGAUGCCGCGCCUGACGUCGUCGCCUCCUCCGCCACCAGGCUGAUCCGCAUUGUGGACACCGUGGGCCUGAAGCUGGUGUUUACCCAGCCCACCGUUCAAUUCCUCUUCGAGUCCCUGGCCCUGGCGGUCCAAAAGGUGGAUGGGACCAACUUCAAGCAAACAACCAUCUCCAUCGCCGAUCCCCAAAGCAUACAGAUUUCUGACACCAGGGAGAAGCGCUCCGCUGGCGCUGCAGGGGAGGAGAAGAGGGUGGACGUCCCGCAGGGCUCCAUCACCCUCCCCGCCACCCUCACCGACAGCCUCAGCCCCCAGCAGCAGCUGGAAGCCUCCAGGCUGCAGUUUAACUUCUACCAGCAAAGCACACUCUUUCAGGAUGCAUCACUGUUGGACAGGAAUCUGUCUCUGACCAGCGGCAUCCUCAGCACCAGCGUGGCCAACCUGUCAAUCAGCAACCUCACAGACAGCAUCAUCAUCACGCUAAGAAGCAACAACACGGAGGGCCAGGAGAAUAAAACCCAGUGUGUGUUUUGGGAUUUCACAUUGUACAAUAACUCUGGGGGCUGGAACACCAAUGGCUGCACAGUUCUUAAUGUCACCGAUAACCAGACGAUCUGCAGCUGUAGUCACCUCACUAGCUUCGGUAUCCUUCUGGACAUAUCUGGGACAGGCCCCACCAGUGCGCUCCAGGCCCGCAUCCUCAGCUACAUCACCUACAUCGGCUGCGGAAUAUCCUCCAUCUUCCUCUCCAUCACCCUGCUCACCUACCUGGCCUUUGGUAAACUGCGUAAGGACAUCCCGUCCAAGAUCCUGAUCCAGCUGUGCUUCGCGCUGCUGUUCCUGAACCUGACCUUCCUGCUGGACGCGUGGCUGGCGCUGUACGAGGAGGCGGUGGGCCUGUGCAUCAGUACCGCCUGGUUCCUGCACUACUUCCUGCUGGCCGCCUUCACCUGGAUGGGCCUGGAGGCCGUGCACAUGUACAUCGCCCUGGUCAAGGUCUUCAACAGCUACGUCUCGCGCUUCAUGCUCAAGUUCAGCCUCGUCGGCUGGGGUGUUCCAAUGGCCGUGGUCAUCAUCGUCAUUGCCAUCGAUAAGGACAACUACGGACUGGUCUCUUACGGGGACUUUGAGGAUGCCCCAAAAGAUGAAUUUUGCUGGCUGAAGAACCGCGUGGCGUUCUACGUGGCGGUGGUGGCCUACUUCUGCGUGGUCUUCCUGAUGAACCUGGCCAUGUUCAUCGUGGUGCUGGUGCAGCUGGGCCGCAUCAAGCGCCAGAACCCGCACAACGUGCUCCACCGCAGCCGGCUGCAGGACGCGCGCAGCAUCGCCGGCCUCACCGUGCUGCUGGGCCUCACCUGGGGCUUCGCAUUCUUCGCCUGGGGCGUCGUCAACCUGCCUUUCAUGUACCUCUUCGCCAUCCUCAACUCCUUCCAAGGUCUCUUCAUCUUCAUAUUCCACUGUGCCGUGAAGGAGAACGUCAGGAGGCAGUGGAGGACCUACCUGUGCUGUGGAAAACUGCGCCUGGCUGAAAACUCGGACUGGAGCCGGACUGCCACCCAGAACAAGAACCGGAUCACGUCUAUGAUCUCCUCCAAGUCCACCAAGUCCUCCAACUCGCAGAACUCCAACACCUCCUCCUCAUACGUGGGCAUGGACCUGUCCAUACGCACCCGCAGCACACGAAGCCCUACCGAAGAAAACAUGAUAUCCGACACCGACUCCAACUCGGAUGUCGUCCACAACGAGAUCAACCACCAGCACCACAACCCGGCUCGCUCUCAGGUCAGCUGGGGUGACUCCAGAGGGUCUUAGGCCCCAGGGACCAUGGGCUGACUGACUUCACGUGAUAAAGGAAGAAAGGAAAUCUGCACACUGUUACUGCUCACCGAUUUAUUGAACACAACGUUUGAAAAUCGGUGAGCAGUAACAGUGUGCGGAUUUCCUUUCUUCCUUUAUGCACGUUUGUUUGAUCCAGCACCUGUUUUACUGGAUGUGCGCACAUCACCUACACUACUUUUUGACUUGGCGUGAUGACAUUGUUUAACGGAUGCCCAGCUAGCAAUAACCUGACUUUCGCUAGCCGGUAUGUUUCGCCUUCGUCUUCACGUUACCAUCUGGGAACCCCUCCCUCCCACACAACCGACACGUUUUCGACUGAUGCUCCUUGAUGAUCAAAAAUCCUUGCAUGUGAUUGGAUUAACAACCUGU